AUGGAAAACAGGAGCUUUACCACUGAGCAAGGCUAUCCUUACUGGAAAAGGAUUGGCAUGGUGCAGGGAUAUCAAAUCAGUUUUGCCGGCCCUCCGAGUCAUUUUCAGCAGCAUGUUCGCGUGGGUCGGUUGGCUCUGGUGCCCGGUUCUCUUACCCCGAAGCUGUUGCCAGUGUGUGGAGCCUGCGCCACACCUGCCCCCUGCCAAACCACGGCCUUUACCUGCGUGCUCCAGUGUUUCCCCUGUGACCCGUCGUGCAGGAGGACCUCGUGGGCCACCUCCGAGUUCACGCAGCAUUCGGUGGCGCCAAUGGUGAAAAUGACCCGGUCCAAGACAUUCCAAGCUUACUUGCCUUCGUGCCACCGCACGUACAGCUGCAUCCACUGCAGGGCCCACCUGGCCAACCACGAUGAGCUAAUUUCCAAGUCUUUCCAAGGAAGCCAAGGGCGAGCCUAUCUCUUCAAUUCAGUAGUCAACGUGGGCUGCGGUCCUGCAGAGGAGCGAAUUCUGCUAACGGGACUUCAUGCGGUGGCCGACAUUUACUGUGAAAAUUGCAAAACCACACUGGGUUGGAAAUAUGAACAUGCAUUUGAAAGCAGUCAAAAAUAUAAAGAAGGCAAAUACAUCAUUGAAUUAGCUCACAUGAUCAAAGAUAACGGCUGGGAUUGAGCGGCGAAGAGGAGAAUGCCUACAGACCCAUGCGAGCGUUCACUCUUCUGACUGAACAUUUAUCUCCGAGAAGGAGCAAGUGAUCGGCACUCGCUUGGUUCCAUGCGUCCGGAGGCUUCGUUGUCAUCCGGCAACACUUCCUCGCGCACCCCUUUGCCAUCCUGAUCGGUGACCGGCCUCAGUAACUUCCGUCUCUUUGUUUUGCGUAUCCAUUUGUGAGUCAACUUCGAGUCAUCUUCCUUUCGUUUCCCUCUUUCGCUGUUCUGGCAUUGUGUGGUGUUGUGUUUUUUUUAAAACAGAAACAAGGGAUGAACCCAAUGCCAAACCAUUUCACAACUUAUGACGCAGUAGGAACGGAAGGUUGCCUUUUGGGGGAAGAAGGUCCAUUUUGACUCAUGAGAUGGAAAUCAGUGUGUUGGGGCGUGGGACAGACGAGAGGGAGGGAGCAGGAUUCCUCCUUAUACCUUUGUCCUUUUAAAUCCUGAUAAACCAUGGCUUGAAACUCAUGGACUGUAAAAAAUAUAUAUAUACCUCAUGGCUGUGUUUUUCUCUGCAUCUCAAAAAUGUAGCCCUGGUCUGUGCUAGCUAGUUCCCCUACCCUUACCCCCAAGUCAAUGCCUAUGUCUUCUUUGACUGUAAGUGGUUCCUCUUGAUUUUGGCUUUAUGCUAACCAUAUUGAAAAGAAGGGGGUAAACCUGACUGAGAAGGAAUGUUUAACUUGGUUGGUUUCCAGACAGUUGGCCCACCCCAAAGGUCUGCAGAGAUCAACUUGAUUGCCUGUUUCCUUGGAGUGGAGUUGGGCACCAAAUGGUUGAGGUUCAACAAAGAUGCAUGGAUUGGGUCAAAAGCAAAUGGGGGUGGGGGAGAAUGGAGGAUGCGGACAGAACACGGAGGAGGAGGAGGCGACUCUAUGCCUGUUUACGGAUGUUCAAGUCCUAGCAAUGGCUGUGAAGCCUAAUGGCUGCCCUGGGGCAUAUAGAGAUGGGAGUUGCAGAUCCAUCUGCACUGUCACUUUUCAGCGAAUCUUCCGGCCCAGUAGCAGGCGUUGGCAGUCACACUGUGCAAAGGAAAUAUUUUAGAGCAUGGAAGUGUUUGAAUUCAGGUCAGCCAAAAGAAGCUGAGGACCAUCUGCUGGUGGUUCCUUCCAUUAAUUCAUCCUGUUUUGGGAAGACGGGGGACGAAGGGAAGGGUCUUUUCCUUCCCCUCCAGUGAAAAGGAAGGUUUUCCCCCUCCCUGCAAAGGAACCACCUCCUUUCUCCCCAGUGGCCUUUCAGAGGUUCAGCUCCUUCUCCAAUCCGGCAGUUGGGGCCUCCUGAUUUCCCACUUUGCUGCUGAUGUUCCUCGCACACAACAAUAAUAGGGGGUGUUGUGUCCAUAACAGUGAACCCAAGAGGGCUGGUCACGCACGUGAAAGAGUGUGGACCAGACCUGAGAGAGGUGGAAAAGAGGGUCCUUUUGCACUGAAAGAAGGCAUCAUGUUGUGGGCGUUGGGGAGAAUAAAUAACGAUGCACAUUAGGGAGCAUUGCAGCCAUUCUCGUCCCUACUGUCUGCAUCUUCUCCUGCCAUCCUUCUUGCUGCAAAAUCUAACCCGAAGAGGACCCAACUAGAAUGUUAGGGGUGCCAUCAACAUGGCCUUCCUUUGUUGGUUCUGAUUUUUGAGAUUCAGAAGCUGUCAGAUUUCCUGGGCUGCAAUGCCAGAGAAAUCCCUGGUGUGUCUUUUGCUGGCUUAAAAGGCAUCCUUGCCCCACUGACCUAGCUAAGGAUUUAAGUGUCUCACCAGCUUUGCAGGAGAUAAGUCUGAAUGACGCUCUUGAUGAACUAAGUCUUGGUGGACUUAAGCAUUGGAGAGCUUUCUUUGAAUCACUCCCUUUCGUUCAUGGACGGCUCUCAGGACAAAUGAGAGGGGGGAGGAUCUUAAGGACAUUCUAGGGGUGUGUUUCUCCCCACCCCAUCAAC